AUGCUAAAAACAGAUGAUGGCGUUGAACUUUACAAGGACGACGAAAAGGCUGAGCAUCUGUCCAGGUUCUUUCAGUCGGUCUUUACGAGAGAAGUCGCUGUACCCACUGAUCACUGUAAUGUGGACAAUUUCCCGACAAUUGACUCAGUGGUUCUCACAAAACCUAUUGUUCAACAGGAAUUACUGAAGCUAAAAGAAGGGACUUCGCCCGGUCCUGACGAAAUACCGGCAAAGCUGUUGAAGGAAUUAGCCACAGAAUUGGCAGAACCUCUGAGCGUCCUCUUCCAAGCCUCUCUUGAUGCAGGCAGACUGCCUCCUGAGUGGAAGACUGCGUGGAUUUCACCGAUUCAUAAAAAUGGCAGUCGCGUUUCCGCAAACAACUACCGACCAGUAAGCCUCACCUCCAUAUGCUGCAAACUUAUGGAGCGAAUAAUCAAACGCGAACUGAUGCGGUUUUUAGAGCAAAAUCAUCUUCUGUGCGAUGCACAGCACGGUUUCCGCAGAGGGAGGUCCUGCUUAACCAAUCUACUCUACUGUCUUGAACAGUGGACCCGAGCGAUUGAUGAAGGAAACGUUGUGCAUGUGGCCUACAUAGACUUCAAGAAGGCCUUUGACAGCGUGCCACACCAACGUCUCCUACACAAGCUCAGCCGCAUAGGGGUAAGAGGCAAGCUUUUGAAGUGGAUUGAAAACUUUUUGGUCGGUCGGUCCCAGACUGUUCGUCUUGGUGGCCAGCACUCGGCAGAGGUGACGGUUACGAGCGGAGUACCUCAGGGCUCGGUUCUUGGCCCUAUCCUCUUCCUCAUCUAUAUUGAUGACUGUAUCCAUGGAUUGGACUGCAAGAUUGCCAUGUUUGCUGACGAUAUAAAGCUUUGGACCGUCAUCCGCAACGAGGACGAUGAAGUAAAUUUACAGGCAAACUUAGACCGACUCGAAAAAUGGUCAGGCCACUGGCUCCUCCCAUUUAAUGUUACCAAAUGCAACAUUCUGAGGAUUGGCAGAACCAGCUCUGCGCACCGGCAGACGUAUUAUCUAAAUCACACACCGCUGCCACUGGUGGAGGUUCAGAAAGACCUAGGGGUGUGGAUAACAUCUUCACUAAAGCCAUCAUUCCACUGCUUGAAAGCAGCGAAAUCCGCAAUGUCCAGCUUAUAUCUCAUUAAGCGGGCAUUUGCCAAGUUCGAUGAAGAGUGCUUCCGCAAGGUCUUCGGUAUGUUUGUGCGCACACAGUUAGAAUUUGCCAUACAGGCCUGGAGACCCUGGACUGUUAAGGAUCGUACCACCCUCGAAAAAGUCCAACGACGGGCAACCAAGCUUGUCAGAGGUCAUAAAAACCUACCUUACGAAACCAGACUUUCAAAUCUUAACCUCUUUCCCCUGGACUACAGACAACUCCGUGGCGACUUAAUUCAAACGUUUAGAAUGUUACGGGGUCAGGACUGCUGCCUCGCAUCCGGCGACUUCUUUGAGCUGGUCACCACUACUAGCUUGAGAGGACACCCUCUGAAACUACGUGUGACAGGAGCGAGACUGGACGCAAGGAGGUCCUUCUUCAGCCACAGAGUGGUAAAGGCAUGGAACGCCCUACCUGUGGAUGUCGUCAUGUCCUCAUCCGUGGACUCAUUUAAGAGAAAGCUUGACCAGUACAGGGAUAUGUACCUCCACAGCAUCAGAAACUAA